UAGACACCCAAAAAGAGGAAUGAUUGUUUAGUCUUCUCGAAGUAGACCGACAUCUUCGCUCCUAGAGCCGAUUUUGCUAAUACCAUAGAUAAGAUUGCACGCCUGAUGCAUAUACACAUUUCUGUUACGCCCGCGUCCCCCAGUCAGUAAGCAAUGAGCUAGGCCUCUGCAGGCAAAGGCUCGGGGCCAGGCUUGGAAAUGGCGAGCUCUGAGAUAACACCAGCGGUGCCAGUGGGGCAAGCCGUGGAGCAGAAAAGCGGCCAGGCGGAAGGCUCCAUUCGCGGAGUGUCGCUCCGGUUCUUGUCGGAUUUUGCUGCUAAGGUGCCUGCGGACUUCAGCACCGCCCAGAUCGUCUCAAAGUACAUUGCUCCUAAAUGCCGGGGCCAGCCGUUUGUGGACUUGGUGUCGCUGAAGUACGUGGGCGCGGCGCAAUCCUACAUCAUCCACUGCUGGAGCUGCAAUUUCCUCUCGGACUUGGUGGUGCCGCUUCUGCAGCACUUCAUAGGUGACCCAAACACCGAGCCCGCGGUGCGCGCCCAGAUUCUGUCCACCACGUAUGUGUGGCUGGACUGCUUCAGUUGCCCGCAGCAGCAGCCGGCGGCCGCGGCCAAGCCCGGUGAGGAGGCGGCGCCGGCCCCGACGCCGCUGCCGGACCUGUCGGUGCGGCGGCGGACGGUGGAUGACGCUAUCCGGCAGUGCAGCACGGUGCUGCUGAUGCUGGACAGCGGCGCCGCGGCGCUGCACCGCACCUGGUGCAUGUACGAGGUGACGCGCGCUCUGGCCAUCAAGGGCGGCGCCGAGGCGCUGCACGUGCCCGUGUUCGAGUUCGCGUUGGACAUUGUGUAUGAGCCGCUGCAGGGCCUCAAUCUGGCCACCUGCCGCGCCCACAACCCUGCCGACCACCGGGACCUGCUGAGUGCGCUGUCUCGCCACUUUGCGGAGAAGGGCGCGGGCGGGGAGGGUGAGGCGGUGCGGCGCUCGCCACGGCUGUCGGGGGCGCUGGGUGCCGCCACGCGCGCCAUCAUCUCCGGGAUCCAGGAUGCGCUGGUGGGCGAAGCUCAGCAGCUGAUCCGCGGCGGCGUGCGCAGCGGCCCGCGCUACCUGGCCUGCCUGCGCAAGGCGGCGGAGGCGCUGCGGCUGGGCAAGGCGCCGCUGGCCGAGGUGCUGGCGGUAGCGUCGCUCAAGGAGCACCGCAAGUCGCUGGGCGAGUCGGACGCCGCCACCCUGAGCGCCACCUCCAACCUGGCGCUGCUGCGGCGCAGCCAGGGUCGCAACGGCGAGGCGGAGGAGCUGCUGCGGGCGGUGCUGGAGGGGCGGCAGAAGGUGCUGGGGCUGGACCACCCCGACACCGCUGCCUCCUGCGACCACCUGGCGUGGCUUCUGCAGGACAUGGGCAAGUUGGAGGCGGCGGCGGACAUGUACAAGCAGGCCUUGGACAUCAGCUCGCGGGUGUUGGGCGAGGACCACCCCGACACCGCCUCCUCCUGCAACAACCUGGCGGGCGUGCUGCAGUCGCUAGGGCGCCUGGACGAGGCGGAGCCGCUGCUCAAGCGGUCGCUGGAGGUGACCGUGAAGACGCUGGGCGAGCGGCAUGCACACACCGCCACCAACUACAAUAACCUGGGCGUACUGUACCGCUCCAAGGGCGACGUGGCGGCGGCGCGCAGCCACUUCGCCGCCGCGCACGACAUCACGUCGGCGGUGCUGGGACCGGAUCACCCCGACACCGUGACCGCCGCCAACAACCUAGGACUGGCGCUGCAGGCGGAGGGGCGCCUGCCGGAGGCGGAGCGCGUGCUGCGCGCGGCGCGCGAGAGCUCGGAGACGUAUCUGGGCAAGCACCACCCCAGCACCAAGGCCACGCUGACGGCGCUGAGUGGUGUGCUGUCUGCGCUGGGCAAGGCCGAUGAGGCGGCAGAGCUGGGCAAACUGGCGGCGGCGGAAACAUCCAAGCAGACGUCGGCACGCAAGCUCGCGGCGCAGCAGCAGGCGCAGCAAGCACAGGAGGGCAAGGCGGCGGCAGCACCUGCGGCAGCAGCGGCAGCUCCCACAACAGCGACGCCCGAGCAACAGAAGCCGCAUGCCGCAGACGGCAAGGCAGUGCCGUCUAGGCUUGCUUACGAUGAGGCGGCGGUGGUGAAGAUCCAAGCGGCAGCGCGCGGCUAUCAGGCACGCAAGCAGGUAACGCAAUUGAAGCAGCAGCGGCAACCACAGAAAGCAGAGUCGGCAAAGGCAACGGGGAAAGCUGAGCCGGCGAAGCCCGCUUAUGACGAGGCUGCAGUGUUGAAGAUUCAAGCAGCGGCGCGGGGCUACCAAGCGCGGAAGCAGGUUAAGGAGUUGCGUAAGGAGAAGGCAGCGUCAGCUACAGCAGCGGCAACAGCAGCGGCUGCCCAGGAGCAGCCGCCCGCAUACGACGAGGCUGCUGUGGUGAAGAUUCAGGCGGCGGCUCGCGGGUACCAGGCUCGCAAGCAGGUGAAGGCGCUUAAGCAGCAGCAGCCUGCGCCUGCGCCCGCCGCUGCGCCGAGCCUGGUUGUAUUUGGCGCUGACCCCCACGCACCCCAGGCGCCCCACCCCAGCCCCAGCCCCACCGCGGCGGCUCCUUCCGCCUCCACCGAGCCCAACCCGUUCGCAGCCUCCAAACCGCCGCUGCCACUUGGCGGUGCGCGGCAACCGCACCCGCCGCUGGCCACCGGCCCCUCCGGCACGGCCUCGCCGCGGCCCAGCUCCAGCCGCCUCAGCUCCGGUCGCUCCAACCGCUCCGAGCAACCACCGACGGCAACGGGGACGGCGGCGGCGGCGGCCGCGCAGCUGAACGGCAAGCGCAGCGUGGAGGACAUGGCGCUUGGGCUGCCGCCGGGCGGCGCCACAUCGCCCUCGCCCUCGCCGCAGCGGCCACCACGGCCUUCGUCCGAACGGGAGAGGCUGGUAGUGCGGCGGCCGAGCUCAACCAGCUCCGGCCGCAACAGCAUCUCCGCGCACCCAUCGCAGACCUCGCUGGGUGCCCCUGCGCCGCCUGCGCUGGCGCCCGCUGCGCAGCUGCCGGCGGCGGCGGCGCCCACUGCGGCGCCUAUGUCGCAACUGAGCGAGCAGGAGGCGGCGGCGGUGCGCAUCCAAGCCUACCACCGCGGCCACCGCGCGCGCAAGGAGGUCGCGGAGCUGCGGCGGGCCGAGCGCCCCGCCUCCAGAGGCACCGCUGCCGGGGCGUCGUCAUCCGCGGCUGCCGCAGUGGCGGGGCUGGCAGCGGCUGCAGCCGCCCACCCGCCAUUGCCGCCUCCGCUCACCACGGUGGACUCGCCGCGGCUACAAUCGCCAGUGGCCGCCACGUCACCGGUGCUGCCUCUUUCGCCGGCCGGCGGGAUACCGCCGCCGCCGCCCUCGCCCACACCGGGUUCGGUGCGCCGGCCGCCGUCCCGCAACGCUGCCAUCGCGCACGCCCGCGCCGCGCUGCUCAACAGCCGCGGCUCCACGCCCGUCACCUCCACGCACGUGUCGCUGGUUGGGCCCUUCUCCCCGCCCUUCAGCGUGCCUGGUAGCAUGGGCGCCAGCGGCGUGCUCACAGCACCGCUGCCGCCGCCUCUGUCCUACCCCAUGUCCUCGACCACGUCCUCCACCGGCACGGGCUCUUGCCGAGCCUCCAGCACCAAUGGCGGGCCGUACAUGGCCGCCGGCGCUGGCGUCCACCAGCCCCACGUGAUGACGCCAUACAUCUCCCUGACCGACUACUUCCGGGCUCCGGAGGCUGCGCUGCGCGCCAUCGGCUCCAACAGCCCCCGCGCCGGCGCCGUCAGCGCGCUGUCGGAGCACCACCACCCACACGCUGCGACUGGCAGCGGCAGCGGCAGCGGGCCGGGGUCGUUUGCGUCGACGCCGCCGGGCUCUCGUGCCGGCGGGCCGCGGCCGUCCACCGCGUCCAUGUCGACUGCAUCCCCGGCCGUGGGCGGCGCCGCCACCAUCACGCCGCGAGCGGACGAAGUGCUGGAGUUGCACGCCGACAUGCUUAGCAGCGCACUGGCACAGCUCAAGCUGAUGAAGGCGCGCGAAUCGGUGACACGCAGCUCCGCCGACAGCAAGGCACUGCUGCAGCUGAAGCUAGAGUAUGUGCGCAUGGCGGUGGAGCAGGCUCUGGGCGGAGCCUCUGCCGCCGCCGCGCCGCCGGAUGCCUCUGCGCCCAGCACAGACGCCGGGGAGGCGGCCGGCGGCAGGGGCGUGCUGCCAGGCCUGCUGGGUACGGGCACUGCUGCUGCCGCCGCCUCUGCAUCCGCGGAGGAGCUGCAGCGGCCGGUGAAUCGGCACGGCGCGGCACGACCGCGGCCGGGUGGCGAGGCAGCUGCUGACUCUGGCACAGCAGGUGCUGCUGCUGGAACCGCUGCAGGUGGUGGUGGCGCAGGUGGUGCUCGUCCCAAGGAGCAGGACGUGGAGGCGCUGAUGACGGAGCUGACAGACCUGCGCAUGCUGCUGCUGACCACCAGCAACGCCCUGCACGCAGCCCAAAGCGGCCUGCACCAGGAGCGCGCGUCCCGUCAUGCACUAAGCACGGAGCUGGCCGACAUGCAGCGCAAGCUGGCAGCGCUCCCAGCAACGGGACGGCCUGGAUCGGCGCGUCCGGGCUCUGGGCGGCCAGCUUCAGGGCGUAUUGCACCCGCCCUCGUGACUGGUAACCCGCUCAGCCCGUCCAGUCCUGCACCCGGACCCUUUGCUGCCGCGGCAGGUGUGUCUUCCCCUUCAGGCGGCAGCACGCGCCCCUGGUCGGCCUCCCGCUCGGCGCCGGACCAGGUUGAGGCAGCACGAGGCCUGCACGCGGCCUUGACCGCCAGCGGCAAGAGUCGAGCUGCGCAUUGAUGCGGGGACACACAGUCACGGAUGUACUGGGGAUCCGAUUUAGUAAGAGUUGCGACAAACGCAUAAAUUGGCAUCGGCCUCCUGAGUUAGCGGGCUUCAGACACGUAUCGCCCAGCCGGUUGAUAUUGCACGUAUGGCCCAAGAAUGAACUGUCAAACUCUUGUGUGCUGCCAUAACAUCAUGUAGCAACCACGCUGCUUGGCCCCGUAUGGGGGGCAGUAUGUUGUUAUGCAGCAUGAAUACGACGUAGGCUAGGUUACUGGCUGCCAGCUAGGUGGACUGAGAUGCCGUCUGUUGCAUUCGAAAGACUUGGUCUUAGUGCUGUGUGCUGGGGCUGGGGAUGACCUGGUGGUGGUUGGCAGACAGGAGGGCACGAGUAAAUAUUGAUGCCCAUACUGAUGCCCAUGGCUGGGGACACAAUGCAUUCAUCCUUGAUGCUGAACUCUAUAGUGCGGGACAAACAUUACGACGCCGGUGCUCGUGAUGGAACAUGGCAAGGGGCAGGAAAGCGUAGUCCCGAUGUGUGUGGCUCCCACCCGUGCCCACAUAAUUACGACGCCGGUGCGGCAUUGCGGCAGGGGCGCUGCUUUCCACCGUGUGUUGAUGCUGGGUGGUCUUGAUGGCGGCAUGUUGUGUUGCAUGCGGAUGCAAUGAUGUGACUGCAGGUGAAGUCUGUCUGGAAGCGCUGUGACCGCCAAGGCUACGCGCACAUGCAACGCCUCGGCUAUUACCGUAUUCCGUGUGCACCUGCAGUGCUGGCCCCCGUCACACCGUGCCGUCACGGUGCCACACCCUGAAGAAACCCGCAUGCAGCCUCUCCUGAGCUUCCACUCGCAGUGUAUUAAGUUAACGAUGA